ACUACCACUGCAGUUAUGGAGUCCUGGGAACUGCAGCUUGGUGAGCCCUCCUUGGCCGAGAAGGCUAUGCAGGUUUUGAAAAAGGACAUAUCCCAGGAUCCCAUAGCACCGAGCCAUGGCAGGUCAAGUGGCGUCACGCUGUAUUCGUUCCCCGGUGUAGAUGCACCCCCGACUUCCUAUAAACUCGAUGAUGUCCUGUGCAACAGAAGCACACAGGAAGUCCGAUCUGCAGGGGCUUUGCCAUUGGGUUCAGCUUCCGGAGUGGGAGGCACCUUCCAUAAAAACAAAAGGAAAACCCAACGCGGGAUUCGCCAGCUGCGUUCAGAGGCUGCCUGGAUCUCGUGGAGGAUCCCCCCCCCGUUUGCCUUGGUUCGCUCCGAGGCUGCAAUGGAAGAAAGUAGAGCAACCUCAAGCUGCCAGUCUGAAGAAAGCAGUUUGCUGGACAUCCCAUGUGUUGUAACUGCAGAAGACUUUGCGUUAAUCUCUAGCCCAGGAAGGAAGGGCGAGAUUCCCAGCUCUGUAGAUGAAUUUGUUUCACUGACAUCUACAUCAAUUGACACAGAACCAAACAGUACAGAUUUUAUGGAGUACACCACUGGAGGUGGGGUAACUUUGUGGCCGAGGUCCUGCGUGAAAGCAGAGUCCACUAAUUGUGUGAACUCUGAGCAGUUUCAUAAUAGUGAACUUCCUUUAUCUUGGGCAUAUGAGCAAAAGAAUGAAGGAGAAACCGCCAUUAGGAAAUCUCUAGAAAUGUUUUAUGGGACUUGCUGCCAGAGGAUGCCAUUUGGAGGGAGUCCAGCAUUUGAAGCUGCUUCACAAAGUGUGUCCACCAAAAUUGCAGAACUAGCAGGAAAAGAAGGAACAGAGUACACUCUGAAGAGCCUACGGGUAGCUCAGAUGGUUUUGAACCGAGAAAGGGAGAAGAUGUUUCCUCAACAUUCCAGUGACGCCUGUUUUUCAACUGCCACCAAAGCUGGCUUUGGUUUAGAGGAAGCAAAGGAUGUGCCUGGACUCUCAGAUGACAUCCUUCAGUUUAUCCUAAAGCAGAAGACAACUAAAUGAAUUCUGUCCUGAAUAGGUUUUGACCUGUUCACCCAAAAUACUUUUAAAACUUAUAUAUGAGGUGAUGAAAGGUCUUCUGGGGUGAGAAUUGGUUGCCACAGUGCCUAUGCAAGACCACGCGUAUAAUAAAAACUGAAUUUUCUAUGA